CAGUGUUUGUAUUUAUAUACAUAUUGUAAAUUUUCCCGCACCUCCACCAAGUACAUCUGCUUUCUACGAUCUGUCUCUGUUUUAUUAUACUCUUUCCCAUUUCUCUCUUGAAAGGUGAAAGGUUCUCUCCAAGAAUACAGAGAUCCUUUCUCUACAUAGAUUUUGUGUAUAUCUUGUGAUUUGGGAAAGAAAUGUCAAAACAAGGGGCUUUUGAUCUGGCAUCUGGGGUUGGUGGCAAAAUUAACAAGGAGGAAGUUCUCUCUGCUGUUGACAAGUAUGAGAAGUACCAUGGUUAUUAUGGAGGUGAAGAAGAAGAGAGAAAGAAUAACUAUACUGACAUGGUUAACAAAUACUAUGAUCUUUGCACUAGCUUCUACGAAUACGGCUGGGGAGAGUCAUUCCAUUUUGCACCCAGGUGGAAAGGAGAAUCACUCCAAGAGAGCAUUAAAAGGCAUGAGCACUUUCUUGCCUUGCAACUGGGAUUGAAACCAGGACAAAAGGUCUUGGACGUAGGAUGUGGAAUUGGUGGGCCGUUAAGAGAAAUUGCUCGAUUCAGCUCUACAUCAGUUACAGGCCUCAACAAUAAUGAAUAUCAGAUAUCUAGGGGACAGGUGUUGAACCGCAAAGUAGGAUUGGAUCAGACUUGCAACUUUGUAAAGGGUGAUUUCAUGAAAAUGCCAUUCCCUGACAAUAGCUUUGAUGCAGUGUACGCAAUAGAAGCUACCUGCCAUGCACCAGAUCCAGUUGGAUGCUAUAAAGAGAUUUACCGGGUGCUGAAGCCUGGUCAAUGUUUCGCUGUGUAUGAGUGGUGCAUGACCGAUUCUUACAACCCCAAUAACGAAGAGCACAACAGGAUCAAGGCCGAAAUUGAGCUCGGAAAUGGCCUCCCUGAGGUUAGAUUGACAACACAGUGCCUCGAAGCAGCCAAACAAGCUGGUUUUGAAGUUGUAUGGGACAAGGAUCUGGCUGAUGACUCACCUGUUCCAUGGUACUUGCCUUUGGAUACGAGUCACUUCUCGCUCAGUAGCUUCCGCCUAACAGCAGUUGGCAGACUUUUCACCAGAAAUCUGGUUUCGGCGCUUGAAUACGUGGGACUUGCUCCUAAAGGUAGUCAAAGGGUUCAAGCUUUCUUAGAGAAAGCUGCAGAAGGUCUUGUCGGUGGUGCCAAGAAAGGGAUUUUCACACCAAUGUACUUCUUCGUGGUUCGCAAGCCCAUUUCAGACUCUCAGUAAUAUGGAGUUUAGUCACUUAGCUUUUUGCUUUAG